AUGCCGGCUGAUUAUACAUCAACCGCUCGAGCUCUGUCGCUCUCAACGUCACCUCCGCUCUCUUCGCCCACGUCCGAGGAUGGCAGCUAUCUCCCAUGGAGGCAUCUAGCACCAACAGGGCGGCGAGAUUCCAGCAGCCGCUCCAUCCGGGAGUCCAAUUCACUCCGACAUCAAGUCAUGAACCGCAUAAACAACGCAUCGCAGCGCAUUAUCAUGACGUGGCGGAGAAUGAACUUUUGGCAGAGGAUCGGCGCGGUGUUGGCCGCGAUUCUGGCCAACCUUCUGGGCAUUGGUUUCCUUGUCUUUACAGGCAAGGUAUUCAUCUGGCUGAAGCCCGUGGCCGAGCAAUGGGAGCAUAACCCAUUGGUUUUUUUUGUUCUCUGGCUAUGUGUGUUUUUUGUUUCCUUCCCUCCCUUGGUAGGUUGGUCCACUUUUGGGACCGUCGCUGGCUAUAUUUUUGGGGUAUGGAAAGGAUGGCUACUAUAUGCCUCCGCGACGGUGCUUGGGUCCACUGCCUCCUUCAUCGUCUCGCGAACUAUCCUAUCCAAAUUCGUCCAUCGCCUUAUGGAACGUGAUAAGAGAUUUGCCGCCCUCGCCUUGACACUAAAAUAUGAUGGGCUUAAGCUGCUGUGUAUGAUUCGACUGUGUCCUUUGCCGUACUCGGUGUGCAAUGGGGCAGUUUCGACUUUCCCGACAGUACAUCCGUUGACGUACGGACUUGCGACGGCGAUCAUCACACCCAAGCUCUUGGUGCCAGCCUUCAUUGGCAACCGACUCCGCGUUCUUUCUGAGAAAGGAGGAGAGAUGAGUGCAGGAUCGAAGGCCGUGAACAUCUGCAGCAUUAUUAUCACAAUUGCCAUUGGAAUUUUCACUGGCUGGUACAUUUAUAGACGGACAUUGGCUCGGGCCAAAGAGUUAGAAGCUCAGGAACGGGAGGGAAUACGUCAGUCCUUAGAAGCUGACCAUGCCGCCCAUCGUCCCCAUCAUGCCUUUUUCGAGGACCCGGAGGCCAAUAUCGCCGCCACCACAUUGGCCUGCGAUGAAGAGGAGCGCAUUGGGUUCCAUGACUUUGAUGACGACAAUGUGGAUCUUGUACUUGAUGACGAGAGCGGACGGGAGAUCUCCCCCAAGCGAACUGAUGGGCCGUAUCGCGACGAGUUUACUGACAACGAUUCUGAUGUGUUCAAAGACGGAGAUGGGACGGAUGGCGAGACGUAUACUUUACACACGCAUGUACGCCAGAACCCCCGGUCGUAG